AUGAAGCUCUCCUGUCACGAGACUCGGUCACAUGACCGGCCGCGGCUCACUCUCGCUCGGUGUGUGAGGUUUUCUCCGGUGGUUGUUGUUGAAGAUGGCGGAGGACAGGGAUCCUCCAGCGCGGUCGGGUUCGGCGCAGACGGAGGGCGACGAGGAUCUGUUCGUCAGCGCGAUGGAGUCUCCAGAAGCAGCUCGUCUGCCGGCCGAAGACAUCAGCUCGAACGGACCUAAAGCUGAGCCCGUGCUGCUGGACGACGACCCCGACGACCUCUUCGCCGAAGCGACGGAGGAGGUGUCUCUGGACAGUCCUGAGCGUCAGCCGAUCCUCUCAGACGGACCGUCUCCCGCCAUCACACCCGUGACGCCCGUCCUGAUCAGCCCCAGAGCGUUUGACCGCUCGCCCGACCAGGAUGAAGAUGAAGAGGAAAGCAGGGACACGUUUGACGUCCAGAUCUCAGUGUCUGACCCGGAGAAAGUUGGUGACGGCAUGAAUGCAUACAUGGUCUAUAAAGUGUCGACCAAAACCGGUCUGUCUAUAUUCAGCCGAGACGAGGUCUCCGUUAAGAGACGCUUCAGUGACUUCCUGGGGUUACACAGCAAGCUGGCCUCCAAGUACAUGCACAUCGGCUACAUCGUCCCUCCUGCGCCCGAGAAGAGCAUCGUGGGAAUGACGAAGGUCAAAGUAGGGAAGGAGGAUCUGUCGUCAGUGGAGUUUGUGGAGAAGAGAAGAUCUGCUCUGGAGAGGUAUCUGCUGAGGACCGUCAAACACCCGGCGCUGCUCAGGGACCCCGACGUCCUGCAGUUCCUCGAGAGUUCAGAGCUGCCGCGAGCGGUUAGCACACAGGCGCUGAGUGGGGCCGGAAUAUUGAGGAUGGUAAACAAAGCGGCCGACGCUGUCAACAAAAUGACAAUCAAGAUGAAUGAAUCGGAUGCGUGGUUUGAGGAGAAACAGCAGCAGUUUGAGAACCUGGACGUUCAGCUCAGAAAGCUUCACGCUAGUGUGGAGUCCCUGGUGUGUCACAGGAAGGAGCUGUCCGUGAACACGGCGUCGUUCGCUAAGAGCGCGGCCAUGCUGGGGAACUCAGAGGACCACACGGCUCUGUCUCGAGCUCUGUCUCAGCUGGCCGAGGUGGAGGAGAAGAUCGAGACGCUGCAUCAGGACCAGGCCGCCGCUGACUUCCACCUCUUCUCCGAGCUGCUGGGAGACUACGUCCGGCUCAUCACCGCCGUCAAAGGGGUGUUCGACCAGCGGAUGAAGACGUGGGCUAAAUGGCAGGAUGCUCAGCUGAUGCUGCAGAGGAAGAGAGAAGCCGAAGCCAAACUCCAGUACGCCAACAAACCCGACAAACUCCAGCAGGCCAAAGAUGAGAUCAAGGAGGAGAUCGAGGAGUGGGAAGGUAAAGUGCAGCAGGGUGAAAGAGAUUUUGAGCAGAUAUCAAAAACCAUCCGUCGAGAGGUGGGUCGGUUCGAGAAAGACAGAGUGAAGGAUUUCAAAGUGGUCAUCAUUAAAUAUCUGGAGUCGCUGGUUCACACGCAGCAGCAGCUAAUAAAAUACUGGGAGGCGUUCUUACCCGAAGCCAAAGCGAUCGCAUAACUCAUCAGACCACCUUCUUUCUUUAUUCCACCGUAUAUGAUCAUGCAAGAAAAGCCGCACAGACUUAAUGAAACCUAAUGAUAACACUACAUUAAUAAAAGCAGAAUCUGAAUCUCUUUGUACCUGUUUGGUGUGUGAAGAUGAAGACGCAGCGAUGGGCUCUUCCUCGUUCUCUGAUUGUGUUUCAUUGGGCAAUGAUCCGGCAGGGGAAGGCCUUCUGAAGUCUCUCGUAUGCAUUAUUCUCUCAUAAUCAGUAUUUAAGAGCAUCAAUAAUCGAUUAAGCUUCUGGUAGCUCGUGCACGACCGACGGAUAUACAUAUGUAUAUUUUUUUAUUUUGCUUUGUAGCCUGGAAUUUUGGGCCGUUUGAGUUUGAUUCAUUGUUCUAACGAAUUUUUUAAUCACAAGUAUUUUUUACUCUACAUUCCUGUGCAACGAUAUCUGAACCUUAAUAAAGGAAUGAAUCCGUAUCAGA